CUGUCUUUGCAGCAGUCAUGAAUCUGGAACAAUAGAUUAUUUUUGUAUUUGCUGCACACCGCUUACAGACUGUUUGGUUUCAGCUUUACACCAAAAAUGUAUUUUGAAUUGUGUGUGAGAGUUCUUGUGCUCUCUCUCUUGAUUUUUGGGCAGCAAGCAAAGGCACUCAGCUACAGAAGUGGAGGCUCCAGUGGCAUUACACCUCACUUUGAUUUUUCAAGAGUUCUUAAACCUGCUUCCACUUCCAGUGAUGAUAGUUCAGCACAGCCUGAGAGGGUUUUGGGUAGUUAUUCACCCUUUCAUGCUGAUGGGGCUUUAUCUGAGACUCUGAAGCCAGCUGCUGCACCAAGUGCAGGAGGUUAUAGUGGCUCUCAUGGUAGGCAAGUAGAUGGUUACAGUCCUGAGGGAAGUGUUUCUAGUUACGGGCCAAGCCAACCAAUAAUUAGUAAACCAAACCAACUACCUCAAGCUAAUCCUAGUGCAAAUGGUGUCCUUCCAACCAAAGCUGCCCAGUGGGCUUUCCCUUUGCCCCAUAAUCCAAACUCUUUACAGUCUGGUAUUGCUUCAAGUUCUGCACUUGUGAUGCACUCUGGUCCCUACUCUGCAGUGCCAUCCAAGCCCCACCAGCCCAAACCUCAGCAGGCCGCCAACCCUUCAAAUCCCCUGCAGUCUUGGUACCGACCCAAACCUCAGCAGGAUGCAAAUCCUUCAAUUCCUCAGCAGGCCAAGCCCUACCAGCCCUCCUACCCUUUGAAACUUCAGCAGGCCACAAACUCUUCAAAUCCCCUGCAGUCUAGGUACCGGCCUAAACCCCAGCAGACCAAGGCCAACCAGCAUUCCUACCCUUCAAAUCCUCAGCAGGCUACCAACCCUUCAAAUCCCCUGCAGUCUAGGUACCGGCCAAAACCCCAGCAUCCUGCCUACCCUUCAAAUCCUCAGCAGGCCGAACCCCUGCAAGGGGUGCUCCAAAGUAAAGCUGGCAUGUGGGACAUUCCUUCCGAAGGAAGUGUUGCUUCUGGCUCUAAUGUGCAGGCCAAGCCCUACCAGCCAGCAUACCCUUUGAAUCCCCAGCGGGCUACCAACCCUUCAAGUCCCCUGCAGUCUAGGUACCGGCCAAAACCCCAGCAGCCUUCCUACCCUUCAAAUCCCCUGCAGUCUAGGUACCGGCCAAAACCCCAGCAUCCUGCCUACCCUUCAAAUCCUCAGCAGGCCGAACCCCUGCAAGGGGUGCUCCAAAGUAAAGCUGGCAUGUGGGACAUUCCUUCCGAAGGAAGUGUUGCUUCUGGCUCUAAUGUGCAGGCCAAGCCCUACCAGCCAGCAUACCCUUUGAAUCCCCAGCGGGCUACCAACCCUUCAAGUCCCCUGCAGUCUAGGUACCGGCCAAAACCCCAGCAGCCUUCCUACCCUUCAAAUCCCCUGCAGUCCACGUACCGGCCAAAACCCCAGCAUCCUGCCUACCCUUCAAAUCCUCAGCAGGCCAACCCUCAGCAGGCCGAACCCUUGCAUGGGGUGCUCCAAAGUAAAGCUGGCAUGUGGGACAUUCCUUCCGAAGUAAGUGUUGCUUCUGGCUCUAAUGUGCAGGCCAAGCCCUACCAGCCAGCAUACCCUUUGAAUCUCCAGUGGGCUACCAACCCUUCAAGUCCCCUGCAGUCUAGGUACCGGCCAAAAUCCCAGCAUCCUGCCUACCCUUCAAAUCCUCAGCAGGCCGAACCCCUGCAAGGGGUGCUCCAAAGUAAAGCUGGCAUGUGGGACAUUCCUUCCGAAGGAAGUGUUGCUUCUGGCUCUAAUGUGCAGGCCAAGCCCUACCAGCCAGCAUACCCUUUGAAUCUCCAGUGGGCUACCAACCCUUCAAGUCCCCUGCAGUCUAGGUACCGGCCAAAACCCCAGCAGCCUUCCUACCCUUCAAAUCCCCUGCAGUCUAGGUACCGGCCAAAACCCCAGCAUCCUGCCUACCCUUCAAAUCCUCAGCAGGCCAAGCCUCAGCAGGCCGAACCCCUGCAAGGGGUGCUCCAAAGUAAAGCUGGCAUGUGGGACAUUCCUUCCCAAGGAAGUGUUGCUUCUGGCUCUAAUGUGCAGGCCAAGCCCUACCAGCCAGAAUACCCUUUGAAUCUCCAGUGGGCUACCAACCCUUCAAGUCCCCUGCAGUCUAGGUACCGGCCAAAACCCCAGCAGCCUUCCUACCCUUCAAAUCCCCUGCAGUCUAGGUACCGGCCAAAACCCCAGCAUCCUGCCUACCCUUCAAAUCCUCAGCAGGCCGAACCCCUGCAAGGGGUGCUCCAAAGUAAAGCUGGCAUGUGGGACAUUCCUUCCGAAGGAAGUGUUGCUUCUGGCUCUAAUGUGCAGGCCAAGCCCUACCAGCCAGCAUACCCUUUGAAUCCCCAGCGGGCUACCAACCCUUCAAGUCCCCUGCAGUCUAGGUACCGGCCAAACCCCAGCAGCCUUCCUACCCUUCAAAUCCCCUGCAGUCUAGGUACCGGCCAAAACCCCAGCAUCCUGCCUACCCUUCAAAUCCUCAGCAGGCCAAGCCUCAGCAGGCCGAACCCCUGCAAGGGGUGCUCCAAAGUAAAGCUGGCAUGUGGGACAUUCCUUCUGAAGGAAGUGUUGCUUCUGGUUCUAAUGUGCAGGCCAAGCCCUACCAGCCAGCAUACCCUUUGAAUCCCCAGCGGGCUACCAACCCUUCAAGUCCCCUGCAGUCUACGUACCAGCCCAAACCCCAGCAUCCUACCUACCCUUCAAACCCUCAGCAGCCCAAACCUCAGCAGACCAAACCCCUGCAAGGGGUGCUCCAAAGUAAAGCUGGCAUGUGGGACAUUCCUUCCCAAGGAAGUGUUGCUUCUGGCUCUAAUGUGCAGGCCACUGACUCAAACUCGCACUUGAAUGUUGACCCAAGCAAUUCCAAUGUCAUUCCUGUACCAGCCCAGGUGGCAACAGCAACUGGUGCCAGUGUAGAACAGACAUCAUUGACCUUCCUAACUGUUCCUGGACUUGCCUGGAAGCAGUCUGAACUGGCAUCAACUUUGAAUUUAAUAAAAUAAUUGGAACACACA